GGUGGUGAUAGGUGGAUGCCGGUGAGAGACAGUGAUGGGCAGGUGCGGGGGAGGAGGGGAGAGCAGAUCCACCGGGGGAUGGGUCAAAGGUAAGGAGGCAGGUGCCCCAUGGGGGGAGGGGAGUAUCCUAACUCACACCAGGCCCAGUUCACCCAUCACCACUGUGCUCCCUGACCCAUGUAAUCAACAUUAGGUUUAAAAUUCUCAACCUCGAACCCUUCCCCCCCCCCAGCUCCACAACCUCCAAAAACUUCUCCAACCCCAGCCUCCUGCUUAUCUCAUUUCUCACUGCUCCACAACUGUCACCAGUCCCUUCAGCCGCCGGGACCCCCAGUUCUGGAAUUUAAUGCAUAACCCUCUAUAAUCGUUCUCCCACCGCCCUAUCCCCUUUAAGAGGUGUCUUAGAACCCGAACCUCCAACAGCACGUUCAGGACAAGGAAGAAAGUAUUGCUUCCAACAUUCAGGUCAAAGGCAUGCGCAUGCACACUGAAACGUGCUAUUUCCAGAAGCGGCCAAGUUUGUGUUUCAAUCCACAUCACAUCUGAUUCUGUGAUAAAUUAAAAUGGUGUUAGAUAAUAUUUCUUGUGAUGACACUUGGGACUUUCUUUUUAACCUGAAAAGUUUGCUGCACUGAAUGCCUCGCCCUUGUCCCACCGAGCCUCAGUGCUGGCGAGCCGGGAGCCGUCUUAGUUUGAACGCCAAGUAUCCGCACGGACCUAAAGUUCAGCAAAAUUGCGUUCUUUUUCUAUAUACGCCAUCCCCUUUUCUUCCAAAAGCAACCAGUAGAAAAUGAUUGCCAAGUUUCAAAGCAAGCUUGCGUCCGAGUGCAAUGAUGCUCUAGAGAGCCGGAUUAAGUUCUUUCACACGGUCCAAAACUUGUUAAAAGUGUUCAAAUCACCCUCCCUGCUGUCUCCCGGCCGUUCCUGCGUCCCGAGGAGCUUCGGGACUUUCCAAGGCACGGUUCCCAAUUUUGAUAGUGGGAUUCGGAGCUUUCUCUCCAUUUCACAAGAAUUCCCCUUCCGAAGGAGUUUAAAUCGAUGGAGGAAAUGAGCGAGACCUUGCCGCUUCUGAAGGAAUUAUCGCCCCAGCGACCCUGUCCUACCGCCGGGAUUUCGUCAGAUGUGCUGUAUGGUAGCCUGCCACAUGCAGACAAUACGAUGAAAAAGCUAGAACUUUGGCACUGUCAUCCUAAUCAGUUGUCCAGAAAACACAGUGAUGUGGAUAGACAGAUGGCUCGUUGGAGACUCUAUGUAGCUUCUGCUAUCUGCUUCGUCUUUAUAAUUGCUGAAGUGAUAGGGGGAUACAUGGCUCAGAGCCUGGCUGUCAUGACCGAUGCUGCUCACCUCUUGACAGAUUUAGCCUCUAAGCUACUUAGUCUGUUUUCACUGUGGAUUUCUUCUCGACCUGCAACUAAAACCAUGAACUUUGGCUGGUACCGUUCAGAGAUUCUAGGGGCCCUGUUUUCAGUGUUGUCCAUCUGGGUGGUGACUGGGGUCCUGGUGUACCUGGCAGCCGAGCGACUCAUUUCCGAGGAGUAUGAAAUUGAUGGGGCAGUAAUGCUGAUCACGUCGGGCUGUGCUGUUGGCAUUAACAUUGUGAUGGCCAUCGUCCUUCACCAGUCUGGUCACAACCACAGCCAUGGCAGUACAAGAGAGGUCAGAUCACAUGACAUAGAAUCCACCCCCCAGCGGUCAAAGUUCAGUGCCCAGGUAAACCCCAGCGUACGAGCUGCCUUCAUCCAUGUGGUUGGAGACCUGUUGCAGAGUUUUGGCGUGCUGAUUGCUGCUUAUGUCAUCUAUUUUGAGCCUGAAUAUAAAUCUAUAGAUCCAAUCUGUACCUUCCUCUUCUCCAUACUGGUUCUUGGGACUACCUUCUUCAUCCUGAGAGAUGUACUUCGUGUGCUGAUGGAAGGUACUCCGAUAGGAAUGGAUUUUAACCAUGUGAAAGAGACUCUCCUGUUAAUAGAUGGAGUGAAAGCCAUGCACAACCUCCGUAUCUGGGCACUGACCAUGAACCAGCUAGUGCUAUCGGUUCACAUCGCCACCAACGAAGAGGCAAAUGCUCAGGUUAUAUUGGCUGAAGUUAACCAAGUGCUCCAGAGCAAGUUUGACUUCUACUCCAUCACUAUUCAAAUAGAGAGUUACUCUGACGUUAUGAUCAAAUGCAGGGAAUGCCAGGAGCCUAGAGACUAGCUGCACAGGUGCUUGGAAUUUCUCUAGUAUGUCUGAUAGAGACAUCUACUCUGACCACAGAUAAUCACAUGUGAAAAAGUUGUAUGGGAGCAAGAUGAUAUGUAAGGUGAUUUGACUUUGCACAUCACCCAGUUGCAGAUGUCUUUUUUGCAUGUUGGAAGCUCAAGAGUCAGGCUCUUGUAAUCAAAGAGCAGCUAUAAACGAGACUUCAAAAUUAUACGAGCAAUAAUGUUAAUAUUUGGUUAGGGGGCACUAGAAGGGAUUAUCCCUGGUUAUGCUGGUGUCCUUUGGGGAAAGAGAAUUGAGCUACACUUCAUGGAUAUACCAUGUUUUACGAAUUACUCUUCUGGCAUCUUUUGUGUCAAAAUGACUAAA